AUGUACACCUCCAGUCCUCCGGUUGAUCAUAGACCAGAUCAUCGAUAUCACGAUGCACACAGGCGCUCUUCGGGUAACGAUAAUUCCACCACCAAGUAUGAUUAUGUUGUUGUUGGCUCUGGUGCUGGAGGUGGCCCUGUAGCAGCACGGUUGGCCAUUGCAGGAUAUAAAGUGCUUCUUCUAGAAGCCGGGGAUGACCAGGGAAACGCGACCCAGCAAAUUGUCCCUGCUCUGCAGCUCCAAUCCACCGAAUACGAGCCGAUGAGAUGGGAUUAUUUUGUGAACCACUACUCGAACUUGACUCGUCAGAAAGAAGACACCAAGAUGACUUACCGGACACCUGCCGGUGAUCUUCAUGUUGGAGGCAAUCCGCCCAAUGGCUCCGAAUCAUUGGGGAUUUUGUACCCUCGAGCGGGCACCUUAGGUGGAUGCACUGCUCACAACGCCAUGAUCACCAUCUACCCAUACGAGAAUGACUGGGAGCAACUGGCCAGUCUCACUGGCAAUGAUUCAUGGUCCGCCUCAAACAUGCGACAAUAUUUCAAGAGACUAGAGCGCAACAGAUAUCUACCCAGCAGCUUGCUAGGCCACGGCUUUGACGGCUGGCUUACUACAAGUCUCACGGACUUGCGCCUCGUCAUCGAAGAUCAAAAGCUUUUGUCCUUGAUCCUGGCCGGUGCGACCGCCGCGGGCCAAACACUGUUGGGCAAACUGAUAACCACGGUCACGGGCCUUGCAGCAAUUUUACUGCGUGACUUAAACAACCCCCUCCCCUCACGCGAUUACGAAGAGGGUCCAUAUCAAGUUCCUCUUGCUGUGGAUGUCCCUGAGUACAAGCGGACAGGCCCUCGAGAAUUCGUCAUGAAGACAGUCAAUGCUGUGAACUCUGAUGGUUCGCGGAAAUACCACCUUGAUAUCCAGCUUAACACACUGGUAACCAAACUCCGCUUCGAUACCACCGAAGCCAAGCCACGGGCUACCGGGGUUGACUACCUUCGGGGACAGAGUCUCUACCGUGCAGAUCCCCGGGCUUCCCAGACAGCGAGUCAUGGGACACCAGGUAGAGUUAGCGCUUCUCGUGAAGUGAUCCUGUCUGCAGGCUCAUUCAACACUCCCCAGCUGUUGAAGCUGAGUGGCAUUGGCCCAAAGGAGGAGUUGUCCAAGCUUGGAAUUUCAGCCCUUGUAGAUCUCCCUGGCGUCGGUCGGAAUCUGCAGGACCGGUAUGAGAUGGGCACAGUGGGCAAGUCACCCACUGAUUUCGUCCUUACAUCCAAGUGCACCUUUAUGUAUUCUCUUCCCGACCCCUGUUUGGAACAGUACGAAAACGACCCAUUCUUCAAAGGCACUUACACCACCAACGGAAUCGCCAUUGCCAUCAUUCGCAAGUCGUCUGUCGCAGAGGAUGAGCCCGACCUAUUGAUUUCAGGAGCACCCGUCAACUUUCCCGGCUAUUACCCCAACUACUCUUACGAAGGUCUCAAAGAUUCCCAGCACUGGACCUGGAUCACAUUAAAGUCACGUUCCCGCAACAACGCUGGCACAGUUGAGCUGCGCUCUACGGACCCACGUGAUAUGCCUCUUAUCAAUUUCCACUCGUUCGAUGCGGGAGUGACCUCGGAUGGUGCAGAUGAGAAGGACCUACAGGCUGUGUAUGAAGCAAUGCAAUUUUCCCGCACGAUCUUUGAUGACCUUAUUCCUCUCGAUGGCGGGUUUGAAGAGGUUUGGCCGGGACCUAAUGUCACUACUGAGAGUGAGAUGAAAGACUUCAUUAAGCAAGAGGCAUGGGGCCACCAUGCCUGCUGCACUGCUGCUAUUGGAGAAGAUGGGGACCCUCAGGCUGUGUUAGAUGCUGACUUCCGCGUUCGUGGGGUUGACGGACUGCGUGUUGUAGAUGCUUCAGUCUUUCCUAAUAUUCCGGGGUAUUAUGUCGCUUUGCCCAUUUAUAUGAUCAGUGAGAAGGCUGCCGAAGUUAUCAUUGCUGAUGCUGUAUAA